AUGAAUGAAGGUAAUAUUUUAUUUUAUAAAGAAAAUGACAUCACUAUCAUAGAAAAAUAUUAUCGGAGUUCAUUCGAAAAGGAUAUACAAGAAUUAAUAAUAUACUAUGGCAUGAAAUUAAUAAAAAAAAAUAUAAGGCGGAAUUCAUUUAUUAAAUGGAGUAUUUACGAACAUAUUUUAAGAGCGUCUAUUGAAUUAAAUUUAAAUGAAUAUGUUGAUAUGUGUUUUAAUAAAUUGAAUGAAAAGUUUGGCAAGCUAGAUGGGAAAAAACUAAAUAUUUUAAAAGGAAUGGUAUAUGAAUCUAAAAAUAAAAACAGAGAAGCAUUAGAAAUUUAUAAGGAUUAUUUAGAGAAAGAUCCAUGUGACAUUUUAAUAAGAGCAAGAAUUGUGAAUUUAAAAAAAAUAUUAGAAAAAGACAUAAAUAAAGUUAUACAAUUAUUAAAUGAUCAUUUAAAGGAGUUCCCAGUGGACAUAGAAGCAUGGCAUGAAUUAGCAGAAAUAUAUUUAACAAAUUGUUUAUAUAGUUAUUCCAUAUACUGUUUUGAAGAAAUUUUAUUACAGCAACCUACAAAUUUGUACAACAUAUUAACCUGUGCAGAAUUGCAUUAUACACUUAAUCAAUUUGAAAUAAGCAGCAAGUAUUUUUGUUUAGCUAUUAAAUUACAAAGUUAUAAUUUAAGAGGAUUAUGGGGAAUAGUCGUUCUGAAUGUCACAAGAUAUUUUUAUAGAAAACCCAAAUCAUUGAAUGAUAAUGUAGACAUAAUUCUAACACAGCAUUGUAUUGAUAGGUUAUACAAUUUAUACAACGAAAUGAAGGUAAAUGUUAUUUUUAAAAAUUCCAUUCUAGAAUACCUGAACGAAUUGAGAGACAUUUUUAAGUGA